UGUGUACGUACCAUGUGUCUGCUCUCCCACUCCAUUUUUCACAUCUCUAUCUGCUCAUACUUAAGUACAUUCAAUUUAAUUUCGCCACUUCUCCCUCUCUCCAUGGCUCAAACUUCACCAUCUCCCUCUACUAAUCCCACCUUAAGCAUCCCCUGUCAGGAGACACAAGAACCGACAGUAGACAUGAACCUUAUGAUAAUCGUGGCAGCCAUGUUGUGUGCCUUUGUUUGUGCCUUAGGCCUUCACUCCACGCUACAAUGUGUGUUUCAGUGCACGCAUCGUGCUGUGACCGAGCCCAGGGAAUGGGUGGCCGCGCGUAGACUAAACUCGGGUCUCAAGAAGAAAGAAAUGGUAGCUUUGCCAACUUCAACUUAUGCCAAUUCAGGCUCACCAUCAUCUGCUUCAGGUUGUGCAAUUUGCCUGACAGAUUUCUUGGAUGGUGACAAAAUACGGAUGCUUCCCAAAUGCAACCAUCGCUUCCAUGUUGCUUGCAUCGACAAAUGGCUGCUCUCUCACUCUUCCUGUCCUACUUGCCGGCAUAGGCUCAAGUCCAAUGACUCUAUGCCCUCCUUAGAUCAAAUUGUUACAACUUUGUGAAGUUGUUGUAGCAGAAUUGAUGUACUGUUUUUAAUUGCAUAUUUUCUUAAUUUCGUCUUCUUCUUAGUCAUUUCUUCGCGGAAUCUGAAUCUAUAUAUGGAGCUGAUGGACAAUUCUGCAACAUCAUAAGUUCAGGGGCAAAUGUUAUACUAAUUAAAAUACCGUCAGGAUUUACAAUUUUUGCACUUUUGUACGGAUUCAAAAGAAAA